GCUGCAAUUGCAAAAAAAUUCUGCUACAAGUUACUUAGGCUUAGUUCAGACGCUUUCUCAUGUGCCGAACUUAAUACAACGCAUUAAGUACAUGACAAGCACGACGUAUGAAUCAAUUAAGUUCGGCGGUUUUAAUUUUGAUCGACUCAAGGAUAUAGCUCGGCUGGGCUUGCCAUGCCUAAUGCAUUAAGUUCGACACGGCACGUUGUCAAUUCAAACGGCGACCUUCUCAUGUGCCGAACUUAAAAAAGCGACGUGAAACGAGUGCGUUAUCACCCUAUUCGUGCGUACAUAUCCUAUUCAAUCCAUGAUCUAAACCCGAGUAAAAUGGCGCGAAUUUGUAAACAAUAUGGCUUCUUCGUCGAGACAAAGCCAAUCGAUUGUUGACUGUAAUUUUUGCCAAAAAGAAACGAAAUACAAGUGUAUAACUUGCAAUCGUCCAGUUUGUAACCGUUGUAGUUUAUUUCAAGACGAUGAGGAAACUAUUGGUUGGGAGGCUGGAGUAUCUGUUGGAUAUUGCCCAAAUUGUGUAAGGAAUUCUACCACCGAUAAGCAUCCAGUCGAAUCACCGGAGAUGGAAAAUCAUUCCACUCCGUAUAAUUCAAAUACUUUUUACGCUGAAAGCCGAGAAACUUCAACACCCUCUCCGUUGAUUUGGAAGAAAAAGUGGCUCAACUGAUGAUGAAUCUGAAGUUAAUGAUAAUGACAAAGGUUCAAAAAAGAAAGCUGGCAGGAAAGCCUUGUAGACCGAGAACGUUCUAAAUGAUUAUAUCGAUAUUGUUGCUUACAGUGAUUACUACAAGAAAAAAUUAAUUUUCACGAAUACAAAAAACCAAAAGAAUGGUAAUAUAUACGAAAAUAUUUUGACAGAGCUUAAAGCAAGGUGCCAUGAAAGAAAAGAAAGCAUAGACUUUACUGUGUCUCAAAUGCGUAAUAAAUUUAAGAAAUGCAUUGGAGAAUGCAAACAUGCUGCAAUUACCAUCAAAACUGCUAGUGGCAUAAAACGUUUCCAAGAAGACAAAGGCUAUGGUGUAUGGUUCAAGCAGUUGUUUCAGCUUGUUCAAUCCAGAGACUCUUGCAGACCUGAGAUGGCAAUAGAACCUUCAUUUUCAAGUGAUAUCAGUAGUUCUAGCUCCAGUGGUAAUCCUUUUCUGAUUGACCUGGAAGAAGAGGAAGAAAUUCGACACUUGGAAGAAGGUGAAGAUAGUGUGAAAAAAUCAUUUGUUCCCAUGAAAAGAAGAAAAUUGUCAACAAAAGACAAUGUUGGUGAAGCUAUAGCUCUUUUAAAGACUAUGGUGGACAAUGAUCCAUCCAAGGAGCUGCUACGUUUCAUGCAAGAUGAAGCUGAAAUAGCAAGAAAGCAUGAAAUUGAAAUGACCAAGCUUUUUCUUAAUUGUCUAACUUCAUCAAAUGGUGCACAUCAUUCAUGGUCACCACAUCAAUAUAACUCACCAUUUCCACCACAACCCAAUAUUCAACCAAUGCCAAACUUUCAACCGAUUCCAAAUUUUCAACAGUCAUUCAGACUAUGAUCUCAAACAAUACCAAUCUUUAUAGAAAUUAUGUAUGUGAAUAAAAAUAACAUAUUAUGGCAUUUAUUAUGCCCUGAAGCACUUGCAAUGUUUAAUUAGUUCUUAUUAUUCAGUUGUGUUAUUAAUAAAGACAUAACAAAUAAUAAAGAUAUUUUUUACUAAUUGCUACACAAACUUUAUGUUGUUAUAUUAUCAAAAUGUUCAAAUCAAAUGUUAUUUGUGCACAAUAAAGCAUUAUAUAAUCACAUUAGUUAAGAUUGAGAAUUAGAAAGUGCCAAAAAAUUAA